GCUUUCAGUGGUCACAUGGGCCGGAAAAUGUGGGGCUUAAUUCCUGUGUUUGACUGCUCCCAGCUGCUGCUCCUUUGCCCUUCGCAGUGCAAGCCGUCCGUUCUCUCCAUCCCGACCACCGACGCCCGGGUGGCCUCUCCUCAGCGCACCAUGGCGGCAGACCAAGCUUUUGUGACGUUGGCCACAAACGACAGCUAUGCCAAGGGAGCAAUGGUUCUUGGACAGUCGUUACGGAACCACAACACAACCCGGAAACUGGUGGUACUUAUAGGACCUCAUGUUGCUGAGCCUGCCAGGGAUGCACUGCACUCCAUUUUUGAUGAGGUGAUCUUGGUGAACGUGAUGGAUUCAGGGGACGCAGCUAAUUUGGCUCUGAUGAAGCGGCCGGACUUGGGCGUAACGAUCACCAAGUUGCACUGCUGGACCCUCGUGCAGUACAGCAAAUGUGUGUUCAUGGAUGCCGACACACUGGUGCUUUCUAACAUAGAUGAACUUUUCGAGAGGGAAGAGUUGUCUGCAGCUCCCGAUCCUGGUUGGCCAGACUGUUUCAACUCUGGGGUUUUUGUCUUCAGGCCGUCCAAUGAGACGCAUGAAAAGCUACUCGCGUUCUGUGCUGAAAAAGGCAGCUUUGAUGGUGGAGAUCAGGGGAUUCUCAACAGUUACUUUAACACCUGGGCGACGGCGGAUAUUUCCAAACACCUCCCGUUUAUCUACAACCUCAGCAGCAUUGCCAUCUACUCCUACCUCCCAGCUUUCAAACAAUACGGCCACGACGCGAAGGUGGUGCACUUCCUGGGCAAAGUGAAGCCGUGGAACUACUCCUACGACACCCAGAGAGGUGAGGUCCGGGGUCACUCUGCGUCCCCUGACCCGUGCCAGAUGCACCCGGACUACCUGCUCCAGUGGUGGCAGCUGUACGCCGCGUCUGUCCUGCCGUUACUGCAGAAGGCGUACGGGGACGCCCCCUUCAGCACCGGCUUCGUGGAGCAGCGCGUCCCGGAGAAACCCCAGGAGGACGUGAGGGAGCAGCCGAAGCCUUCUCCCCCUGCCGCCCGGACGGUUUCGUCAGAGGAAAGGAAACAGCGCUGGGAAGCGGGCCACAUCGACUACCUGGGCGACGACUCCUUCUCAAACAUCGAACAAAAACUCAACUCGUUCCUUAAGUAGCGGGUGUCUGAGGGAGUGUGUCGGACAUUUCAAGCUCUGGGAUUGAGAGUGGGGAGGGCGAUUUGGCACCAUUCAUCCAAGUCAGGGAGCUGAUUUCUGGAUAAAUGACUGAAUGCAACUUUCACUUUCAAUAUUCGGUCAUUAUGUAGGGUUUGUUGGGCAAAUAUCCCAUGCACUCCAACAUCAAGCGUUAGCUUUUGUUUUGUUUUUCCCCACUCUUAAAUAGAUUGACAUGAUUUGGGGAACAUCUUGCUAAAUAUUUAGGAUUCAGAUUUGCUCACAGUAAAGUAGUUUCCAGCAUCAAGUGUAGAAUAAAGACUAGAACUGGCUAAUCUUAUAUGAAAUCUAAGCACUGUGAAUGUUAGAAUAAUUUAGACGUGUAACAUGAAUUAAAAAAAGAGGCUAAAUAUACCCAUAGAGCUCACCUAUUAUACAAUCCACCUUAUUAUUUUCUUCUUCUUUACUUUUGCCAAUUGUUAGGUAGUGCUGGGGUUCUAAAUGCCUUCAGUUUUCGGCCUUUCCAGUUCAACUCAAAAGUACCAAAGAGCGGGUACCGGCACCUCCACGAACCAACAUCUUGGAAAGGGACAUAUGGUUCACCGGGAGUGUGUAGAGUCUUUUUCAACACUGUUUGUUGCCAAGGCGUUUCUUUGGUGUUAGCUGUGAUGUCUGUGUAAGUUAAACAACAUUUUUUUUUUUAAUGCAUUAUUUUGGGGUUGCAGCUCUUUAAGGCUUUCCAUGUGUAGCCAUUUUCUGAACUGUUGCACUAUUCCUUGUUGCGUUAGAAAUAUUCCUGUGCAAAGUCGAGCAAUUUGCUCAAUAACAAUGUAUUCAACUCUGACAUUUUUUCAUUUUUUCCCCCUCCUCCGAACCUCCUAACUAUACUUGCAAUAAGUCUGCGUUUAGACUACAAAGCACAUAUGCAACUGGGUCUCCCCCCCCCCCCUCUUCCCUUAGCCAUGACUUUGCACAACAGUGUUUUUCCCCCUCAGGAGUGCACAGAGCAGCGCCCCUCCGUCUGUGCCGCUGACACUCACCAGCUCCCUGUACCUUCAGCUCUGUAACAUCUGCUGUAGUGUUGACUUGUAUUUGCAUGGCGCAGAGUUGAAAAGUGCUUCUGCCCACAUCCGAAGGCGACGUAGAGUUUUCACACGUAUAUCUGUGCUCUCCGCAUGUACGUCUCCCGUGGGAAUGUCAUCGGUGUUUGUGCCACGGCCUGCUUUUCAUCACUUCCCCUCUGUAGUGUAACCCGCUGCCUUUUAUUGCCCGCUCACCGUUUACAACACCCUCUCUGACUGUAAUUGCUGCUAGUGACGCGUUUCCGUGAGCCCCACCCAUCCCUCCCUGCUGCCAACGACCUUGUUACUUCCGCCAGUGGACUGCUGGUCAAAGUAGAACCGACGGCACUUGAUAAGUCACUCCUCCGUCCAUUGCGCACACUCCCAAAGGAGGUGUGCAGAGUUGAUAGUAAGUCUGAAAGCAGCUUUUAGGUGUGUGUGGAAGUGGAUGAUUACUGUUGUAAUAACAUUUGAUGCACGUUUCCCAGCUGUUGACUGGUCACCUUUAAAAAUGAAUAAACCCUUGGGAAGAAAAACUGCU